AUGUCAGGACUCCUGGAAAUGGGAGGACGUUUUGAACAGCAAGGGUUGCUACACAUGGGAGGAGAUCCUGGCUGGAAGGGAUCGCCUCCCGUCGAGGCAGCCAGGGAGGAGACCUGCCCCAACUUCCUGUGCUUACCGGAGAGCGAGAGAGACCGGGCAGAGAGACCGGGCAGGCACCGUUGCGUCUCCUUGGGCUGGCACACAUGGCACCAGCCUUACGCAUGGUGUCCCGGUUCGCAAGCACAGCCCAGUGGGGGCUAUUCCACCUCGCCGCACUGGCAGGGCGACCGGGAGCAUUCAACCAGCGCUGCCAGAGUCUCCCGCCUGUCCAGAGCUGCUAGAGUCUCCCGCCUGUCCAGAGCUGCUAGAGUCUCCCGCCUGUCCGGAGCUGCUAGAGUCUCCCGACUGUCCAGAGCUGCUAGAGUCUCCCACCUGUCCAGAGCUGCUAGAGUCUCCCGCCUGUCCAGAGCUGCUAGAGUCUCCCGCCUGUCUCCCGCCUGUCCAGAGCUGCCAGAGCCGCCAGUCUGCAAGGAGCCACCAGAGUCGCCAGUCUGCAAGAAGCUGCCAGAGCCGUCAGUCAGCCAGGAGCCACCAGAGCCGUCAACCAGCCUGAGCUAUCUCUCUGUCCUGAGCUACCUCUCAGUCCUGAGCUGGAGGAGUUUGUUUAGUCCAGUGGGGCCCUUUAGUAGGGUUGCCAGUCCUAGGUUGGCGGCGAGGGUCACCGUUCCUAGGAGGAGACUAAAGCGGACAAAGACUAUGGUGGAGUGGGGUCCACGUCCUGCGCCAGAGCCGCCACCACGGACAGAUGCCCACCCAGACCUCCCCUAUACGUUCAGGGGAGGGGGGGGGUACUUCUGACCAUAGUUCUUUUGUGUUUUCCUUGUUUUAGUGUUGGUGACGAUGUGUACUGAGUGGGCAUUCUAUGUUGUGUGUUAAGUUUUCCUAUUUCUAUGUUAGGCCUGAUAUGGUUCUCAAUCAGAGUCAGGUGUUAAUCAUUGUCUCUGAUUGGGAACCAUAUAUAGGUAGCCUGUUUUGUGUUGGGUUUUGUGGGUGGUUGUCUUCUGUCUUUGUGUCUUGUUGGGGAAUAAUCAGAAUUAGUUGGUAACAUAUGUAAGAUUUUUUAUAUUCAUUAUAUGUGUGUAAGUUCCUUCUCAUCAGAAUGUUGUUUGUAUAAUACUGUGGCAGGGUUGCAGUCAUCUGUUCUCUGUCAGGACUAAGUUACUUGGGCCGCAGAGAGGGGAGAGGUCAAGCGUGUAUCUCUUGGCUCCACAAUGUCUGUGUGCCAUUCAAUGUGUCUCUGUGAUCUUGUCAAGGAGGGGGCAUGUGAUAUAUGCCUGUUGAUAUGAGGAUUUGUUUUAUGGUUCUGAGUUUGAGAAAAGAACAUAGUUUAGGAGAUAAAGCUGAACGAUAAAUUAUGGCCAAUGCUGUCUGGCUAAUGUGUGUCUUUGCUAUAAAGGAUCUGUUGCAAUGUGUAAGGGGCUCACAGAGAAUUCAUUGAUAGACACUGAAUUGAUCUGAGAGUCACAGGGUUGUG